AUGCGAUGGAUCCUACCUGUGGCUUCUUUAUCUUCACAACGAUUACAACUUUCGAAACUUAACAAGAUGUCAGAAUACCAAUUCGUCCUUUACUUGAUCAAAGCGAAUAAAGAAGCCGCUUUCCGUCAAGCGUUUGAAAAUCAUAACAGAGGCCCCAGAUCCACCAUUACUGUCCAUUCGGCCACAUCUGCCCCUGCCAAACUAGGUGCUGAUCCCCAAACCGAUGCACUGGCUGUGAUCAAAACCAAUACGCCUCUUUCAGGUGCCCAAGUCGAUGACCUCUUUGACGCUAUCCAAAGCGCCGCUAGAGAUCUCGGAGGGUCUAUGUGCCCUGUCAGAGACCAGCGGGGUCAGUCGGUCGAUCCUAACCAAAGCAAGUGGUCCAAAUUCAAAAAGAAGCUUCAUAAGUGA